AUGUCGCUCGAAAUUGAUUCCCCGCAACAAUCGGUUAACGAGCGCAGAGGCCAGCGAUUGGCACCGCUGCAAACCAAUUUCAGCCGUCCCACCGCGCGCCCGAUACAAGUAACAGCCACUCGACCACAGCGACCCCGGCCAUCCGACUACCAGACAGAUGAGGAGGGAGGAGAGCGAGUCCCUUUACAACCCGCUCCGGUCAAACGCCAGACAUCCAAAUCCAGUCUACGCAACAUUUUCGGGCGCGACAAAUCGGCCCGUAAGCCAGCCACAGAGGCCAAGCUAUCUGGUAUCGAUGAGCAGAAACCUGCCACGGAGCAACCGGCCCCCAACUCAGGGGCAGUGCCCUUGUCACCAACUUUGGUCGCGACACCGAGAACCAACACCUCUGCUGCGACACUUCCCACAUCUCCCACCACAAUUGCUUCUCAGCGCUCGAGGCUUCCUGCGAAAUCGCGGGGGAAGUCCGGCGAUGAUCAACCUCCGGCAGGUGACUUAGGCUGGAAACCACCGCCUUUGUUCCAGGCAUACCCGCAGUCGAUCAAACAUGAUUCGUUGCCGGUUCCUUCUCUCUCGGUGGACACUAUUCUGCGCAUGCAAGCAACGGCAAGAGCCAAAGGGAUCGUCUCCCGUGAAGAUGACCCAUCAAGCAAGGCAUCGCAGAACGGAGACGCCGCGGAGGACACAACCACCAAGAAGAAGAAAGAAGAGAAAGAGCGAAAAAAGCACCUGCGCACCCUUUCUGAAACCAUUAGUAAGACCGAAUGGUCGCAGAAGGUGUACGUUCUCGCUACCGCCGGCUUUAUCUUACAAUAUGCGGGCUCCGGCAAGCACGACCGUUUGCCUGAAAAAAUGCUUCAAUUGGGACCCAAAUCAGUGGCAUUUGCCAGUGAUGCUAUUCCUGGGAAGCACUACGUGCUUCAAGUGACGCAAUCAUCGGACGAGGAAGGCGUUGAAGGUACCAAGUAUCAUCGAUUUCGCUUUGGAUUCCAUCGUUCCCAUACUCGACGGAUGGAACGCACAUUUUUGCUGGUCUUCGAUCAUCCCGAAGACAUGAACACCUGGUUGUUGGCAGUCCGAGCUCAAAUUGAGGCGCGUGGCGGUAAGAAGUAUGUCUCUGAAAGGGCCGAUGAUGGGCAGCCAGGCCACCAGCUUCACAACAAGCCCAGCAUCCGUCAAAUGAUCACAAAGGAUACGAAGCGAUAUUCCACGCUGAUUCCACCCCAGCUGCCUGCGUCCGGAGAGGAAGGGGAUCCAAGCUUCAAUGACCAGUCUCGCCGGAAUUCCCAUGUCUCCAUCAACCGCCGUUCGAUAGUGCUACCUCCAGCAUCGGAGUCUCGUUCGGGGUCUAUCUCCACAACUCAUACCGAAGUCACGUCCCCAAUCAGCAAUUCGGGACGCUUCUACUCUAUGACAGCAUCGAGUGUUCCGAGCGUGCCUUCCGCUGAUAAUGUGCCCAGGUCCGGGGAUAUGGCUAGCCCAACAGCUUCGGGGUCAACCAAGAGACGAUCGAUGCAUGCGUCGCCAACGCAGACCGUGCCCACAGCUGCGGAGUUGGCGGCUGAGAUUCCUCGGGCUCAGUCGACCCAACCCGACCCGAUCUACCGCAGUACCUCUCCACCCGCACCAAACUUCAGCGUACCCUCCUUCAGCAAACGGUUCACGGCUCGGUUUGGGCCGCUGCAAGUCCCGCAGUUCCCGCAGGCCCCGCCUGCUCUCGACCUUGUUGACGUGGACUCACCCGCUGAUCCUCUGUUAGCUUUCCCAUCUCCUCCACACUCUCCAGGCAAGAUCAUGAAUGGACUUGGGCAAGGGGCUGUGAACGAGCCGCACCAGGUCGGGUCUACUCAGGGAUUGUCUCCACCCAAACUACUACGAGUAUCUAGCUCGCAGGAUUCCCUUGUUGAUCCCGCACGCAGCGUCGAUUCGAAGACUCAUCGCCUUUCCCGCUUGUCUCGGAACCCAUUGAAAAGCGCAGCUAACACGCUGCGUCCUACAACCGCCAUGGGCGGAAAGCCCCCUUCCGAGCUACAUCUUCUGGCUGAAGAGCAAACAAAUGGUCAGGAUCACGCCCGGAUGCGGGGAUCAGUGAUGUAUCCGACCGAUCCCAAUGCACGCUUACCGCCGGCCGGGAUGGGCCGACGCAAGAGCAUGCCAGGACUAAUCGGGCCACCUGCAGCUCCACCCCCUAACUGUCCACUCCCCAAGAUUCCCUCCCCAAUUGACCCUCAACCGCCUGGCUGGGGUGAACCAGGCAUGGAUCCUAGGCAAGGCAUCGCGCCGCCAUUGCAUCCGAUCCAAGAACAGCGGAAAAGCCUGGCCCCUGGCCCACACGGCUCGAGCGGCCGUCGCAGCGCAUCCCGACAAUCGAGAAUC